UAUUGAUACGGUCCUGCCAUAUUGGGAAAUGGAGUAAUGUCAUAAUUUGGACUGUGAACAUGAAUUUACCGUUUUGAACAGGAAUUUAAAUUUUUUGACAGUGACUUUAGAGUGAAUUGGGGACAUGUGUUAAAACAUGAAGGAUUUAACCUCUCUGCUGUAUCUCACAGCAUUCAUUUUCUCAGUGACAGUUAAUAUAUCGCAGGGAUACCGUUCUGGCAUUUCUAAACCGUUUCCAUUAGGAACCAUUGGCUGUCUUGUUGCUAAUGUUUGUGGACCCGAAGAAGUCUGUGACGAUGACAAAUUAUUUGGCAGCUGUCGCUCAAUUGGUCGAAUAAGUCUGGGAGUAACCUAUGACCUCAGCACUACUGAACUUGAACAAGUGGAGGCAGAAUUACAACAACUGAAAGAUGAUGGUUUCACAUGGAGUGAUGCCUUCACACAAUGCAUUCUACAAAACACCCUCCUCGCUUUCGCCAGAAGCGAAAGUAUCAACCUAAAGGAGUUCUGUGAAUUUGUGCUUACAAAAGAAAGAGAUUCUGAGUGGUCGAAUGAUGCCCGAAAUGAAAUUGCAGCAGUAUUAGAAAAACUCCUGGAAUCCAGUGAGGGUGACAAAAGCCCACAUUUCCAAUCCAGGGCAGAUGACUCAAACUUUUCCUGGGACGAUUUACAAACAAAUUCCGAUAAACGUGAUGAAAUUGUGGAAGUACACAAAUACUUUGAUCAAUCAAAAGGUUUAAAAAGGGACUCCUAUUCUGAAUAUAAUGACAUACCUUACAACUACCUCAGCAACAAUUCUCCUGAUACAGAGGUAGAAAGUAGUAGAUUAGGUAAUAGAGAGUUUGAGAACCCUGAGGAAAUUCAAGCCUAUUUAAGUCUACUUGACAGAUUGUCUAAUUCAGCUAAAUCUUCCGAAUUUGAUCAAUCUGCCUAUCCUCAGAGCCAGACUAAAAGUAAUGCAGAAGAAGUUGGUUUAGAAGCUUCCAUGAGUGGUGGUACGGGUGGUCAUGGUUAUGAAGACUCAUUAGAUGAAUCGGAGAACUCUGAUGAUAUUAAUAUUCCAUCGCAAUCUGACAGUGAAGAUCUAACAGAGGGAGAUGAUGAAGAUAGGGAAGUAAAAGAAGAUGAAUAUUUGUCCAUCUCACCACCAGAUGAAAAGGCUUUAGAAGAACUUUUAGCAGGCAACAUUGACCCACAUGAUAUAGAGAUGAACCAGUUGAAACGGCUCAUGAACAUCGUAGAAAUCAUGGUUAAACAGCUGGAUGAUGAAGAACAACAAGAGACUAGAUCAUCAGAAGAAGAUAUUUUAACACCAGAUUCAGACACUGCCAUAGAGGUGCCCGUAGUUGUUCCAGAAGAGACAGUCAUUACUGCUAAUGGCAAAGAACCUGUUGUCAUUAACAGUGACAGUGACAUUCCAGUUGAUAAAAAAGCAGUGGAAAAAGAGCCGAUAGAUGAGAAUCCAGAAGAUACAGAAGCGGUAACAUCUGCUAGGGAUGUAGUUGAUAUGAGAUAUGGCUACAUAGUACUAGAUCAAAAUGUGGAUGAAGUAACAGGUGGACGAUUUCUACAACAGUUUUUUUCUGUUAUCAACCUUCCAUUCUCUGACUUAGAUGAGAUUCAAACAUCUGUCAAUAAAAUAACCUUUAGAGUUCAACCAAACCCUAAAUUUAAUGCUUCUAUGGUUGCCGCUGAAGCAGACGAUGAAAAGAUCAUAGAACAACUCCAACAAGCAACUGGUCUCAAGAUUACUAAAGCUGGUAUUGGAAAAAAUACGAAUCAAGUUGAAUUGAAGAAAGAUGAGAAUAAAUAUGUGGUUCUCACCUUUAUUCUUGUUGGUUGUAUUGCUGGAAUCUUACUUGCUGUUGUUGUCAUCUACUUAAUUAAACGUCAGUCCCGAUCCAAAGAAAAACUGGCGGAACUUGCCGAUAACGCAGAGGGAAACGAAGCCUCCAAAGACUAUCAGGACUUGUGCCGUCAACGCAUGCAGAGUAAAUCUUCUGAGAAACCUGAACCUCUACACGCUGCAUCUCGUAUUGGAAGUGUCUCUGAUCAAGUGAGAAGUCCUUCAAGUAGGAGUAGCACCUCUUCUUGGAGUGAAGAACCUGUCCCAUCAAACAUGGACAUCUCAACAGGACAUAUAGUCCUCUCUUACAUGGAAGAUCACCUAAAUAACCAAGAUCGUUUGGACACCGAAUGGGAAGCUUUGAGUGGUUACGAGGCGGAACCUUCAAGUACCAAGGUGGCUACCGACGCCUCCAACAUGCGUAAAAAUCGCUAUGGUGAUAUUCUACCCUAUGACCACUCCCGAGUUGUCCUGUCAUCAGCUGCUAAUGUCUCCAAUUCUGAUUACAUCAAUGCCAAUUUUAUUACUGAUCAUGAUCCGAGAAAUCCAGCUUUCAUUGUUACCCAGAGUCCUCUACCACACACUGUGGCUGAUUUUUGGCAGAUGGUAUGGGAACAAGGUAGUGUUGUAAUUGUUAUGUUGACCAAACUAACUGAAAACGGAACUGCUAUGUGUCAUCGUUACUGGCCAGAAGAGGGAAGUGAUCUGUAUCAUAUAUAUGAGGUUCAUCUGGUGUCUGAACAUAUCUGGUGUGAUGAUUAUCUGGUCCGUAGUUUCUACCUGAAGAAUCUCCAAACUAAUGAAACAAGAACUGUCACUCAAUUUCACUUCCUCACCUGGCCUAAUCUUGGCGUACCUGGUUCCAUCAAAGCUCUUCUUGACUACAGGCGAAAAGUGAACAAAUCGUUUCGGGGACGUUCCUGUCCUAUUGUUGUACACUGCAGUGAUGGUUGUGACAGAUCUGGUACUUACAUCCUUAUUGACAUGGUACUCAAUCGUAUGGCCAAGGGUGCUAAAGAAAUUGACAUGGCGGCUACCUUGGAACAUAUUCGUGACCAGAGAAUGUCCAUGGUUAAAACCAAGGAACAAUUCCAGUUUGCUCUGGCUUCAGUUGCGGAAGAAGUACACGCCAUCUUGAAGGCUUUACCACAGUGAACAAGGCACACUGUUUGACCAAUCCAAUGUUGUUUAAUUUAAUUUAGCACUAGGCCAAUCAUCUGCUAAAUGACCAUAUAUGGUUGUCAGGAUGUAAUGUCAAACAUUAUUAAAAGUGUUUUGAAUGAAGACAAUCUGAAUCUAAAGUUUAUAAAAACCUGUAUUGACAUAUUCUCCAAUUUGUUUGGAGUCAGUUGUACAUGUUGAGAUCUGUAUUCUGUCAAAAUUUGUACCUGGAUAUAGAUUUUAGAUUGGGGUUUUCUGCUUUCAAACUCCAUUCAAUAUGUUCCUCUGCAUUCCAAGAAACAGCUAUUGUCAAAAUACAUUCCAUUUAUUGUAACCCCAUGUGUUUCCUCCUCAAACAAUCUGGUAACCAUGACAACCAUGACAACCAUUAAAAUACUACAAUAGUUGCAACUUCAACUUACAUUGUAGGCAUAAAUUCCCUCAGUAUUAAGACAAACGAAUAUCCUCUCAUGAAAGAAUAAUAUUUUUAUUCCUGUUCGAAAAACCAUAAGGAUCCAUCAUUUCUUGUUAUACAGUAACUUAUAUAGUUGGGGAGGGGGCCUGAAGACAUGUCCAAUUACAGAUAUACUUAACUAAAAGAACCUGGUUUUGGGAGCAUUUAACAUUUUACGAUUCCCAUAUCAGUUUUUAAAAUCAAUUGAGUCAUUUAAAUAUUUUGCACCCCCUUCCCCCUUGGAAAUCGUUCCUCAUACACAUAGUUAAAAAGAUAGAUUUUUCUCCUUUAUAAAGCAAUUAAAAAGUUCAUCUCGGAGUACUAGUACUUUUUUAAUUUUCUUUGAAAAAUUAGGUCCUAAAAUAUAUUUCGAUAGUUCUAAAGGAUCAAAUGGUGUAUGUACUUAAUAAAAAUAACUUUAUUUUUAUUUAAUUAUUAAAAAUUGAUUUCCUUUUGAUGGAUUUUAUUUUUUACAUUUUAUCAAUAUGUAUAAAUUCAGAAAAAAAAUGAUUUUAAUGUGUAAAGUAUUGUGUAGGGAUAAAUUUUAAGUGAAACAUAUAAUGAUACUUUUCAAAAACCCGAGGAACAAAUAAUAAGAAUUUUGGUAUGAUUAAAAACAUAUAAUGAACAAAUCGAAGAAAAAAAUGAUUGCAUCAAAAAUUAAACUAUAGCAAAGCAGCAUCAUUAGAGUCUUUAAGUGCUAAAACAUUAAUUUGUUUUGAAAAAAAGGUCCUAGGAAAAAUGAAUAUAAUCACAUUAAAUUUUAAAUUUAGUGAAUGAUUUGUUGUUAUAAGAUAAUGCAAAUCAGAGACAAUUUAAAUUAAUAAUUAUAUUUAAGGUGAAAUUUUUGGAAUAGAAAAUGUCCAAUCAACCUUAAUAAUUAUGAUUUUGUUAGCUAAACAAAUUAGUAAAAUAUUAUUUCAGAAUAGUCUGUGGACAUGAAAAAAAAAAAAGUAAAUCCAUUUUUCCUGGGACUUUUUUUAAAUCAGAAAGUUAAUAGUUGUAACAAGGCUGUUUCUUGCUUGAGAAUUGAUAUUAUUAGAUUAUUAGUCAUAUAAAAUGUGUGUCCCCACCCAUCCCCACCCCCUCCCUUGUCUUGCCCUCUUAUUUACAUCACCCCACCUAGUAUAUGAUAGUAUGUAUUUUUAUUUUAUAAAAUUAUUUUAUUGUAAAUGCAUAAUAUCUAUACAAAAACAAAGUUUAUGUUUAUUGUGUUACUGUUUUGUAUCCAAACUACAAUUUAAAGUAUACAAAAAACUUUCUAAAUCAAGAAAUUCAAAUUAAUAUUAAUGGAAAUUUCGAACCUUUUCAGACUCUUAAACAGGAUAACUUGGGGUUUUGUGUAAGAUAAUUAAUUUUUAGAUCAAUUCCCAAAUGUAUUCCUAGCUUCCAUUUGUUUCAAUAUUAAAUAUGAAUAUAUAUAUGUCUAUUUAUGUAUAUAUUGUCUUCACUUCUGUUAUUUAAAAUGUCUAGUCAUUAAAUAGCUGAUACUGUUAUCGAAAUAAAAGCAUCCAUUAUUAGAAAUCCUAUAGUAAGAAAACACACUUAGUGACGUAACAGAAACAUCAAUCAUGGUUUGGUUCAAUGGUCCUAAAGGUUUCUAAACUUGAGAAAAUAAACACUUUUGGGGCCUUAGAAUAUGUGAUCUUUGUUUUUCAAAUAAAGUUGAUAGGGAUCUUAAUUCUGUUACGUCACUUUUGAAAGAAAUAUUUUAUGUACUGUACUGUAAAACAUGGAUUUAUUUUUUGUACUAGAAGAGAGCACAGGACUGGGCAUGGGUUGCAUUAAAUGACAUUUUUACAAUGUCAUGUUAAAUUACAUUCACCUUGACCCGAAACCUGUUCAAGACCAUUACCAGGGUCAUUAUUAAUUUGUCAUGAUAACCAAAUAAUCAAUUUUAUGAAGUGACCAAUUCAAACUGACAGUGUUACUUUUGGCUGAUAAUGUGGUUGUUUAUUUAUAAACUGCAGAAAUGAAUUUAAUGGCACAAUGUUGUAACAAAGUUGAUGGUACAAUGAUUCAUGUUUUACCGUAUCAGUGCUUUACAUAUUUUGAUUUCAUUCAAAACGUUAAUUUUUUCAUAAUUCAAUUUAUUACCUUUGUAGUAAAAUCCGAGCUACAAGCCUGCCAUUGUGUUUUUUUGUUUAAAAUACAUUUACAAUUUUUGAAUGCAAUUUAGAUUUAAUACAGUAUAUGCAUGAGAAUUAUUACACAAAUUUAAUUUGAAUGAACAAUCAAUUGAAUUUACUUCAGAUUUCAAUAUAUUUUUUAAUUGAUAACAUAUUGAAGAAUUUUAAUAAUCAAAAUAUUGUUGAUAAUUAUGAUGUAAAUUUACAAAUUUUAUUAUGAUUAAUUAACAGUUGUUAUACAUGUAUUUUUAAAAAUUUAUAAUCAUUUUUGGUUCUUUGAAAUAUAUUCUCUUAAUUCUGUUAGUCUAAUCUACUUAAAAAGAGAAUCAUAGUAAUACAGGUAAACUAAUGAGGUUGAUCAUGGAUUUGUUUAAUUCCAAGUUUUUGAUUGCAUAUUCCUGUUAUGAUUAAUGUAUGAUUCAUAUGAUUGUUUACUUCAGGGAUAGCAAAGAUUUUUUCUUCACUGCUCCUUCAAUCCCUCUGGUGAAUAGAAAAUGAACUCUUGGGGUUUUUUUUGUAUUUAUCUAAUUUUUUGGGUAUUUAUCAACAAAACUGAUCGAUUAUGUAUUUAUCUAUGAACAAAACUGAUCAAUUAUUAUUUACAGUUAUACAUGAAUAUUGUAUUUUUAAUCAAAAAGUAUUUAUACUUAAUAUUAUCCCUUUUUUAUUUUUCAAAAAAAUGUUAUAUUUUCUAAUAAAGUUAUCUCCCCUUCAUUGAGCUAGUUUGACCAAUUUAAGAAGGCCCAUUGCACCAUUACAUUUUAAAUGGAGAAUGAAAACAAUCUGGAAUAAAAAAAAAAAUAAACUUAAGAAACCAUCCACCUAUUAUAUUGAUCGAUUUUUCACUUUAAAAUAUGGUUAAUUAAGGUCCAACAGGGGAGAUAACCAUGGUUAGCGGAUGAUCAGGCAACAGUACUUAAUUUGGUACAUUAUGUUUCCAGUCUUCUCAGCUCUAUAAAAAAAAUGAAGUGCUUAUCAUAUAUUACAGAUUUAUAUUAAAUAAUUUUGUUAUGUUUGAAUUUUUCAAAGUAAUUAUAUUAUAUACAUUGCGUAUAUACAUGCGAUAUACGUAUAUAUUAGAGUUAUCUUCUCUCUGUGUAAAAAGGAUGCUACUGUGAUUUUUUGUGUCAAAUUGUCUAUUUAUUCAAGAAAAGCUGGUUUAAUUCUGACCAAAAUUAUUAUAUUUAAUGUUAAAUAAUGAUAUAAAUAUUAUAUACACAUAUAUAUAUCUAUAAAUAUAUAUUUAAUUGUGUUUUACCCUAUGUUGUUUAUUAUAGUGUUGUAAAUGUUGUAAAGAUCAUGGGGCUGAGAUCAUUUAAACUCAAUGAAGGCCAUGUUUGAUGGUAGUCAAUUUUAAGUCAGAUUUUAGUCUCCAGUAUUAAAUUUACUUUUCUCUGAAAGGAGUUCAAAAUGAAUAAAUAUUGUUUUCUUUGGCAUUCGUUUCUCAAUUUCUGGAAUGUGGAAUCCAAGAUCUUCAAAAUUAUGUUGUAAUGAUCAACAAAACUGUUAUAUUUAGAUAAACUAAGAUGAAUUGAAUUGACUACAAUUACGGAGUCUAAGUGUAGUUUAUAUGUAAUGAUCUAUUAGAAUCAUACUAUUAAACCUAUUACAUGUUAUACUAAAUGUAAACCAUGGUCUCUCUACUUCUAUCAAAAUAAAGUCAUGGGCCAAGUUGCAACUGUUUAA